AUGUCUUUGUACAGCAGCCACACUUUAACGUGGGCCUGCUUUAAAGCUCGGCAGCGCCCCCCACUGUUCACUCUGAGACACGUCGGCCGUCAGGUUGCAGCUCCCACCCACCCACCUGCUCACCAGGCGGCCAAUCACGUCGGCUCUCACCUGUCUUCAGAGCCGGCUGGGUUUCUUGUGUACAGGUGUGAGUGUGGGACGUCACCAGGGACAGCAGUCACAUCGGAGGCCGGGGAGGUGAUUGGUGGAGGAGGAGCAGGAGGAGGCACAUCUCAGGUCAGCGAAACUGAUCCCGAAACCACAGACACCUGGAGGACCAAGAGGGGGUGGUACCUAAAGGGUUCGUACAGAGCGCGCUCAGUGGAAAGCCAAGCAGAAGUCUCUAAACAACACUGGACAAUCAUGAUGUCGCCAGACGACCAGGCCCUCGAGGACCUGUUGUACCGCAGCGACCUUGGUGACGAGGCCGAGGGGGUGGAGCCGGGUGGAGGCCCUACAGGGGCGGAGAAGAGUCCCGCUGCAGACAAUGCUCCAACAGCUGUGUCCAUCCAGGAGCCAAUGAUGUGCGGUGGAUGUGGCGAGCAGGUGUGCGACCGCUUCUUCCUAUUGGCUGCUGGGAGGGUGUGGCACGGCGUCUGCCUACGCUGCAGCCAGUGUCAGUGUGAGCUGCAGACGCAUCCCUCCUUGUACUGGAGAGACGGAAACAUCUACUGCCAGCAAGACUACUGCAGGAUGUUCGGAGGCGGUCAGUGUGCUCGCUGCUUUCAGCCAAUCCCAGCAUCCGCUUUGGUCAUGAGGUCCGGUGAGCUGACUUUCCAUCCUCACUGCUUCUCCUGCCAGGAGUGUGAUGUGAAACUAAUGCCUGGGAACCUGUACUGCAUGCAGGGCCAGAACCUCUACUGUCAGUCACAUUAUCAUGAUGAUGGAGGUGCCCCGCUGCAGCAUGACGCCCAAACCAAACCAAAUCAGAAAGACGGUCCACACCAGGUAUCUGGUGAAGGGGAGGAAUCCGUGAGCAGUCCAGAGCCUCGACUGGACGACAGGGUGGCGGCCGGGCGGACCAGAAGGCGGACCAAGCGAAUCAGGACGUGUUUCCGCAGCGAGCAGCUCCGAGCGCUGGAGUCAUACUUUGCCCAGAAGCACAAUCCCGACGGUAAAGACUGGACCUGCCUCGCACAUAAGACCGGUCUGCCCAAGAGGGUCCUGCAGGUGUGGUUUCAAAAUGCCCGGGCCAAACUGAGGCGUUCCCUCAACUGCGACGAAUCUCAGGUUAGCUCGCCCUCUGCUCCUCCUAGAGCCGUAACCAUGGCGACCAGCUCCCCGCCACCCCCAUCCUGCUCCCCGCCGGACCAGCCCUUCCCCACCAGCACCAUCGACCAGCUGCAGCUCUCCCUGCUCACCAGCCCGCUUGGUGAGGCUCCGGCGAGCCCGACCGCUGCCCACCCAUCACGGCAGCUGCUGCAGAGCCCCGCCUUCUUCCUGGACUACGACUCCCAGGGCGCACCGGGGAGUAUCUCCUCUCUGGAGGCCUACAGGGACUUUGGGGAGAUGAGAUUUUCCUUCCAUCUCGGUGCCUCCCUCCUCUCCCUCGCCCUGCUCGUCCCACAAACCGUCACCUCUCUCCCCCUCUCCCCCACUGCCCUCCUGCCCACGGUGGACAAACCUGAGCUUCAGUUGGCCCUGCUGGACCUCCAGGCCGCUCUGGAGCAGCAGAGGGACAACUGGUCUGACUUGGAUCAAGACUCCCGGCCUGAGGAGGAGGAGGAAGAGCUGUUGAGGGCCCAGAGAGGAGACCUAGUGGCCCAGCCACUGUCCCCCUUCCCAGGGGGUCACUCCCUGGAGGAGGGAGGAGACGGGGAGAACGGCUGGAAGAGGAACGAAGCCUUGACCUCCAUCGCCGGAGGACUGCAGGCCGUCAGCCGCGAGAAAGGAGGAUUCGGUUUCCGCUUCGGCCGGAAACGGUGGACUGACAGGGGGUGGAGGGAUGGAGGGGUGGAGGGAGGAGAGGGGAGGACGCGAGGAGGUGGCGAGGGAGGAGACUGA